AUGGCUUCGCGGAAUCGUAAACAAAGGUUUCCACACGCUGAAUGUCGAAGGAAUCCCAGCUUCUUGCAAAACAGUCCAUUUUCUGAUCGCGAGUGCGAUUCAGACGACAAUAACUUCACGCCGACAAAGCGGCUGCGGGAUUCCUUGUCGCGACCUUCCGUCCGCCCCUCUAAACAGAACGAUAAGUCUGAUAGCAAAAGUGGGUCUCAGUCAUCACGCACUGAUAAGCGUGCUCGCGAUGAGCACAAUGAACAGGAAAGGAGCCGUCGAAGAGAGCUUGCUGUCAUCUACGAACUUAUUCGCUGCAGAUUCUCCCAAGAGGACCUCUGUCGUUUGGGUCCUGGUAAUGGACCAAAAUCAAUUGAUAAGUUGUCCUACCCGCAAGUUCUGCAGAUCGCUUACCACGUUGUAUGUGAGGAGAACCAUAACCAACAGCUAUUUGAGCGAACUUUGGCUGAAAUAAAGAGGAUCGAGAAGGAAUUUUUGCGUGUCGGACUUCCGGUACCAGCUUGUCCUGCAUACCCUUCAAUCACAGAAACAUACCGCAAAGUGGUGAACAUACUCGACAACCUUCUAAAGCACGACAAGGCGUAA